UUUUGCCCAUAGGAGAUCCUCCGUGAGGGCGACACGGACCACGACGGGGAGCUGAAUUUUGAGGAGUUUGCCCGCUACCUCCAGGAGCGUGAACGGAAGCUGCUGCUGAUGUUUCGCAGCCUGGACCGCAACCAAGACGGCCAGAUCGAUGUUUCCGAGAUCCAGCAAACCUUCCACAGCCUGGGAGUUUACAUCUCCCUGCAGCAGGCAGAGAAAAUUUUGCACAGCAUAGACAAAGACGGCACCAUGACCAUCGACUGGCAUGAAUGGCGGGACCAUUUCAUCCUCAACCCGCUGGAGAACAUGGAGGAGAUCGUACAUUACUGGAAACACUCGACGGUGCUGGACAUUGGGGAGUGCUUAACCGUCCCAGAUGAAUUUUCUGAGAAAGAGAAGAAGACGGGGAUGUGGUGGAAGCAGCUCAUGGCCGGAGCCAUGGCCGGCGCUGUCUCCAGGACAGGAACUGCCCCACUGGACCGGCUAAAAGUUUUCAUGCAGGUUCACGCUUCCAAGAACAACAACAUGAACGUGUGGGGAGGGCUUCAGGGGAUGAUACGUGAGGGGGGCGUCCGGUCCUUGUGGCGAGGCAACGGCAUCAACGUGCUGAAGAUCGCCCCGGAAUCUGCAAUCAAAUUCAUGGCUUACGAACAGAUCAAGCGGGCUAUUCGUGGACAGCAGGAGAGUCUGAGGGUCCAGGAGAGAUUCAUUGCCGGCUCGCUGGCUGGUGCCACGGCCCAAACCAUCAUCUACCCCAUGGAGGUUCUGAAGACACGGUUGACCCUGCGUAAAACCGGACAGUACGUGGGGGUGGCCGACUGUGCCAAGAAGAUCCUUCGGAAGGAAGGGAUCCGUGCCUUUUACAAGGGGUACCUGCCAAAUAUGUUGGGCAUUAUCCCCUAUGCUGGCAUCGACCUGGCAGUUUAUGAGACCCUGAAGAAUACCUGGCUGCAGAAGUACAGCAAGGACACGGCCGACCCCGGUGUCCUGGUGUUGUUGGCCUGCGGCACCGUCUCCAGCACCUGCGGCCAGAUCGCCAGCUACCCCCUCGCCCUGGUGCGCACCCGGAUGCAGGCCCAAGCAUCUAUCGAGGGUGGCCCCCAACUCACCAUGCUGGGCCUCUUCCGGCACAUCUUGUCCCGGGAGGGCGUUCUGGGCCUCUACCGCGGCAUCGCCCCCAACUUCAUGAAGGUGAUUCCGGCCGUCAGCAUCAGCUACGUGGUGUACGAGAACAUGAAGCAGGCCCUGGGGGUGACGUCCCGAUGAAACCGGGGCCCGUCUGGUCUAAGCACGUGGGACCUACCUCUCUCUCAAGAAGGACUGCUCCUCUUGACGACGUGGUCCCCAGGUGGAAACAGAUCGGGAGGUGUCUCCUCUGCUCUGGGGGCUCUCG